CUGCCUCUGCCCCGCUUCCCAGCGGUCCCCCUAACUGAGCUGGCUGGGAGACGGAAAGCAUCCAGGCUGACAGCGCAGGCGCGAUAGUGGUCAGGACCCUCUCCAAAAGUAGAGCACACACUGCUCAGUGACCGAGAAUGGUGCUGGAGAGCGUAGCCCGCAUUGUGAAAGUGCAGCUUCCCGCCUAUCUGAAACGGCUCCCGGUCCCGGAGAGCAUUACCGGGUUCGCACGACUCACAGUUUCAGAAUGGCUUCGUUUAUUACCGUUCCUGGGUGUACUUGCACUGCUAGGAUACCUUGCAGUUCGUCCUUUCCUCCCCAAGAAAAAACAACAGAAAGAUAGCUUGAUUAAUCUCAAGAUUCAGAAGGAAAAUCCAAAAGUAGUGAAUGAAAUAAACAUUGAAGAUUUGUGUCUUACUAAAGCUGCUUACUGCAGAUGUUGGAGGUCUAAGACGUUUCCUGCUUGUGAUGGGUCACAUAAUAAACACAAUGAAUUAACAGGAGAUAAUGUGGGUCCUCUAAUACUGAAGAAGAAAGAAGUAUGAGUGUUGGACUAAUUGCAUUCAUUUCUGUAGUGUAAACUCAUACUAUAUUGUAUUUUUCAAUCAUUUGUGUCUAUAAGUGCCUUUGAAUGGCCUAAAUGGUAUCUCUAGUAGUUUUAAUGAAUCUUGUUGAUUUGAUAAUUAUUUCUGCCAUGUAGUUUUUCUUCCUACACUUGUUUUAUAUUUGAUACUUUGUAUAUCUAGAAGAAUCAUAUUUAUGUAGGUCUUAAAAACAGAACAGAUCUUUUUAUUAUAAAAUAAUUGCUUUGUGUUACAGCAAUAAAAUCAUACUCUUGAGCUUGAUUUUUAACAGAUUGUUGGUCUAAGAUUUCUGUAAUGUUCCUAAAAUUAUUUAUCUGUGAUGUGAUAUCAUUGUUUUCAACAUCUACAGAACUCCUUUUAUUUUUGGCAGUGUAAAAUACAUACUUUUCAAACACUUAUGUACUUUACUUGAAUUUUUUUUCAAUCUUUAUAUGAAUAAGAAAAUAUGUUGUAGCUCAACAUGUAUCAAUUCAGUCAUCCCAUGAUAGCAAUGUCAUAGGUAAAUGGGAUAAAGAUAAAUUCUUUGCUUUAAGGAGAUUCUGGUGCAAUAUGGGUUCUAGUUUAGGAACUAAAUGAAACAGGAUUUAAAAAAAUACAAAUAACUUAAGGGGUUGUUAUCUGCAUUAAAACAAAGAUUCUUUGGUUUACAAAAGCAUUUCUCUAAGGAGAUUCUUUAAAUAAAAAUUGGUCUGAUAAUAUCAUGAGCUACUGAAGGUAGGCAGGAGCCAGAACUACUGUCUUAAUAAGAAUCAGGAAGGAACAUUUUAGGAUUUUUUUUAAAAUUUGGAACUGUGAUUUUUGUGGAGAAACAUAAAAAAAUCUGAAAUUAUAAUGUAAUAUCACAGAAAAAUGAUUCUGUCCUAAAGAAGUUGAUAAAGAAAAUGAAAAAAAUAAAUUUUUAUUGGAGAAAUUACAAAAAA